AAGGAAUAGUAAACGAAGAAAGCAAACGCAAAAGUGGAAUGUGAGUGGACCAAUAUAGAAAUUUCAACAUAGUUUGUGUUGAACAAUACGGGAGUGAUGCAGUUAUAAUAAUAAUUCAAUAGAUCUGUGCACGUCUUCUCUAAAAUAAAGUUUGGUGCGUGAUGAAAUGGAUCUUUAAUGUUUUAAAUAGAUAAAUUUCGACCACUACUAACAAAUGCAACCCUACGUACAAGGAAAGAGAAAACAAAGCACGUAAACUUUAUUGUAUGUCGUACUUCGUCCGCUACACUACAAUUUAACGUCGUUGCAGCGAAAAUUUUUGUUGCGCUGAUAUUCUUAAGAAACGUGAAAAAUUAUAUUGUGAAARCAACUAUAACUCUUUGCUAAAGUUGAUUUUCUAAUAAAAUUUAGUGCGAAUAGCUAAAAUGUGAAAUUUAUAUAGUGAAAAAUUUGUGAUCCUAAAAAAAAACGGAAAAAUUUUCCAACCUGCGAGAACCGCAUACGCGGUACAUUAUAUAUUUCCAUCUCUUUUGUGCAAAUGUUAUCUUUCCCAUCCGAAGCUCACGUAGAAUGGUAUCUAGUGAGCGACCAUAAGUGGGACCAAGAAAGAUUUAUAUGCGAAUUGGAAUAAAUAUAUCAUUGAAAAGAGAUAAACAGUUCUGCUAGUCGAAGGCGCGAAAAACUCGAAACUAAAAGAACAGAAAAAAUAAACCAAAAUUGCAACUUUUAUAUUAUAAAAAUAUAUAAUAAUUAAUAUAUGUGAUAGUACAGUAAACGUUGAGAUUACAGUUAAAAAAUUKUGGUUUGUGUUUGUCUGCAGUUUGUCGGACUAAAAGGCCAAAGAAAUGCAUUUUUACGCCUGCUGUGAAAGAGUUGAAAAUAUGUAAUUGUUACGAAUGAGACGAUGUAAACAAUGAAUAAAUAAGAAAUAAUACAACAGCGAAUUAAUAAAGUGGCACCGAAAAACAAAACAUAAGCAGCACAAAAAAUAAUUUGAAAAUGGAAAUAGAAAAAAGGCAGCUUGAACCGAGCAAUUGUAGUGGAGAUGCAGGAAUAACAAAUGUUUCCCUAAUGGCAACAAAUUCCGUAGAUAAAUCAGAUAUUGAAGUUGCGGAAGAUAUGAACAAAACUCAAAAUCAUAAAACCCAAUCUAAUAAAGAUGAAACAAGUGACGAAACAGCGAAGAAGCCUACACAUAAUUCAGCUAUCAAGACCAAUGAAGAAGAUUCAAAUAUGAAUGAGAAUAUAUCAGAUAUAUCGGUAAAACAACAAGAAGUCUUAUUAACAAAAGCCCCUGAAAGCAAUGAGUGCUCCRAAACUCCAAAGUUGGAAGAAAGUGUGAAUAAAAAUAGUCUUGAUUUUAAAGAGACCAAAAGUGUAGAAAAUUCAAAUGAUUUAAAUGAAUUUGAAGAUUCGCAAGAUGCUGUCGAGGAUGACGAAAGUCAGAAGGGAGAAGCAUCAACAGCUGACGAUGACAACAGUCUUUCGCCUUCAACACAAUCGCAAUCACCACCACUUAGAGAUACAAUAAUUGCGACAUCAAGUGCAUCCAUUGCUUCAGCAAUUGGGGUAGCAGCUUCCGUAGUUGUGGCGGCUGCCGGUAUAAGAGCUUCUAUUCCAGAUACAAUCUUAUCGCCACCCAAGUCAGAAACACAAACAGAUGAUGCAAACACCGCUACAUCAUCCUCAUCACCAGCAUCGGAUUCUCAGCUCUCGCCGAUGAUUACCGAGGCCUCUAUUGCGAGCAGUGCAGCACUUACCCCAACUACACCACCAGAAGCACCAGAAAUGUCUGUCUCAAAUAAUAGUGGAGAGUCAACACCGUCUAAGACAGCUACCAAGAGGGGUGCCCCUGAUAUUGACUCAGUUGCGGAAGGUGGUGGCAAACGCGUUAUACAACCGAUUAAUCUUGUUGCAAAUGGCACCAUACCCAAAUCUAGUGGGAAACCGCUAAUGUCGGCCAUGAAUAAAAAAUUGAAAGAAAAAACUAUACGUGCACCACGACAAAGGAAACAAAAAUCUACGUUGCCUAUGUACGAAAGCGAGAUAAGCGACAAUAAAACGGGAAUUAAAUUAUGUAUAAAGAAAUCAGAUUCGACCGGCAAUUUGGCUGCUUCAACAGGUAUUUUAGUACCAACCGUCACAGCGAAAUUGGUGGAGACUACAACAACUACUGCUCCUAAGCAGACGCGCAAACGUUCCCGCAAAACGAAAUCAAAGGCACGCGUCGAUGACGACGAAAGUGAGCCUGAGGUAACGACGGUAAAGCGCGGGAAGAAUAAGGCCAGCAAUGCAGAACGUCAGAAGAAAGUCUCUUUUAGUGGCAUCGAAGAACAAGGCGAGAAACAUCGCGCCACAAUUGAGCAAGGCGAUUGGGGCGCACGCAUCCCACAGGAAAUACUUUUUAAGAUUUUUGAAAUUCUAGUUGAUCGUGAAGGUUGUUUGCCAACACUUUGUCGACUUGGUCGUGUUUGUACACUGUGGCGAAAUGUCGCGCUAACGCCAUCUUUGUGGAAAACUAUGGAUCUAUCUACGUGGAUAAAGGAUAAAUAUCGCACCGAACUCAAGCUAAAAUGGUUUGUAGACAAUCGAUGCAGCGAGUGCACAGAAUUGAAUGUUGCUAACUGGAAAAUGUCAGAUAUAAACUGCUUUCUAAACAAAUUGGCGGUCGGUUGUCCAAAUUUAACRAGCAUUACUCUGUCAGGUUGGAAAGGUUUCACUUCAGAUCAUUUGGCUUAUUUAGCCGAAAAUAUGCAAAAACUGGAACGCCUUGAUUUGAGUUCUGUUAAUGUGGAAAUGAACGCGAGCAAGAGCGCAGUGGGCCCACAAUCGCUGUGCAAUGCAUUACAAAUAAUGAAUAAACGUUUAACGCAUCUCUAUUUGGCACAUAAUCGGCUGGCCGGGAUCCCACAAAUAGUCGCUACUUUGGCUACACAUUGCCCCAAUUUGGUGAAYUUAGAUCUCUCAAAUGUUACAACACAAGCGACUUCACACGGCAUCUUUCACAUUGAAAAGCUUCAGCAYGGCUGCCCGAAAUUAAAAGUGCUACGAGUCACGAAUUCACACAUAACAUGGGGGAAUGCAACACUGCAAGAAGCGAUGGAUUCGCCUGGUUUCCCAGAGCUUGAGGAACUUUCGGUGGCAGCUUUAACGGAUGAAUGUCGUGUUAUCGGUGAUGACCAUUUGCAGCGCAUAYUGAAAACCAGUUCGAAACUGAAGCUCUUGGAUGUGCGCGGUUGCGCACGACUCACACACGAAAGUCUUAUACGYCUACCAGCAUGGGACAUCAAGCAUUUAUUUUUGUCAUUUUGCUCAGUGACACGUGAUGUGGGCUCCGGCCUCGAGUUGAUCGCCUCAAAAUGGGCUCAUAGUCUUAUUGAAUUAGAUUUAGCUUGGGCGAAUGUGCAGCAACCACUUGACAAUGCAUUACGUGCAUUGGCCGAAAAGGGCAGCGAAUCGCCAUUAGCGCAUUUGAAUCUCUGUGGCUCGUCGGUUUCAGAUGAAGCAGUCAAGGAAAUACUUGCAAACUGUGCGCACAUGAGUUCAAUAAAUCUGUCAUCGUGUCGUGGUUUACCGCGCGGUGUCAAGCGUCUUAUGCAAGGUCAGCAAGAGUUACAAGAACUGCGUGAAGUGCUUAAGGUGCAGAUGAAAGUGAAAUUGCCCGCUCAAAUAAAGCAGGAGCAAGAGGAGGAAGAGCGACGGAAGCGCUCCGAACAAUGCGGCGCAACUGCUGAUGCUGAUAGCGGUGGUGGUGGCAGUAAUGUUCAAUCUAAUUGAAAUAAUGCCGUUACAUCACACAAAAUUAAAAAGCAAAAACUGUGCGUUAAUAUGAAAAAAUAAUGAGUAACAAAAAAAAAAAUUAUUUUUAACACAUGGAUUAUAAAUUUGUAGCUUAAACUAAAACUAUGAACGCGAAGAAUAACUUCAAUUAAUAUUAGAUUUCAUUAUGGAGUAUGACCUUUUCAGUUUUACUAUUAUUAGCACAUUCAAAAGAAGAUGUUCUGCUGCUGGUGGCAGAAAGACAUUAAAUUUACGUAUGUAUUUUAGCAUUAAUGCGUGCAAAUUUUUAUAUAUGUAAUUUUUUGUGCAUCACACAGGUAGCUUCCAAAUUAAACACGGAAUUGUGUAACUAUUAUGUCAUUUGGCACUACUUUAUAACUUAACUUUUAUAUAUUCCUACAUUUAAGUAAGACUUUAAGUCACCGCUUAAUACUUGAUUUCUAUUUUUAUUUGGUCACAUUCAUACAAUUAUAUAUACAUUUGCAAUAUACAUUUACACCUAUAGUCACUGGAAUCCCCGCUAGUGUUAAUUUUUUAGUAAUACAAUUUGGAAAUGUUUAAGAAAAGAAUGUAUUAAGUUUCGUUUACAGUUAUAAUUGCUACGAAUUUGCAGUGAAAUUAAAAUAUUUUUUGUUACUUUAAAAAAUAUAUGUAAAAACGUAAACAUUGCAAAGAAAAUUAUGUUAUUACAUGUAAAAUAUUAAGAUUAAAUUAAGCGAAAAUAUCGAUUUAUUCGAUAAAAAUUAUCGAACGUUAUGAAAUCAGUCAGUUAUUUACAUAUAU